AAUUAUCGAGGGCAAACAUCACUUCCGAUCCUGCCAUUUUGCAGCUGAAGCUGAAAGAAACCUGAAGCUUUGGCAGAACAGUUUUGGGGUAAGGUUAACGGUUAGGCUGUGUGUUGUCAGCCGGUCGAAAAUUUAGGAAGUAGUUUACGUUGACGUUAGAAUGUCGGAUUUUGACAGCAACCCAUUUGCAGAUCCCGACUUCAGCAAUCCCUUUCAGGAUCCUUCAGUGACACAAGUAACACAAAAUGCCCCCCCUGGGUUGGAGGAAUAUAACCCCUUCACAGAUACAAAGCCGGGUCCACCCAACUCCGUCCCCAAAGCAGUGCCUCCCUCCGCCAACACGCAGCCAGCCAUCAUGAAGCCCACGGAGGAGCCGCCCGCCUACUCCCAACCCCAGCAGACACAGGACCAGGCUCGAGCUCAGGCUGAACUGCUCAAGAGGCAGGAGGAGCUGGAGAGGAAGGCUGCUGAGCUGGACCGCCGUGAGAGAGAGAUGCAGUCUCUUAGUGCCUCAGGAGGAAGAAAAAACAACUGGCCCCCCCUGCCUGAGAAGUUCCCUGCGGGUCCCUGCUUCUAUCAUGAUAUUUCCGUGGACAUUCCCGUGGAGUUCCAGAAGACUGUCAAGAUCAUGUACUACUUAUGGAUGUUUCACACAGGAACUCUGUUUGUUAACAUCUUUGGCUGCUUGGCGUGGUUCUGUGUGGACCCGUCGCGAGGAGUCGACUUUGGCCUGUCCAUGCUGUGGUUCAUGCUCUUCACGCCCUGCUCCUUCGUCUGUUGGUACAGACCCCUUUAUGGAGCCUUCAGGAGUGACAGCUCGUUCCGUUUCUUCGUCUUCUUCUUCGUGUACAUCUGCCAGUUUGGAGUUCAUGUGCUUCAGGCCAUCGGUAUAACCGGCUGGGGAGCGAGCGGCUGGAUCUCGUCUCUCACUGGCCUCAACAAAAGCAUUCCUGUGGGCAUCAUCAUGAUCCUCAUCGCGGCGCUCUUCACGGCCUCUGCAGUCAUGUCCCUGAUCAUGUUCAAAAAGGUGCAUGGCAUGUACCGGACAACUGGGGCCAGCUUUGAAAAGGCCCAACAGGAGUUUGCCACAGGCGUCAUGGCCAACAAGACUGUCCAGACGGCAGCUGCGAGUGCCGCGUCCACUGCUGCAACUAGUGCUGCGAAUAAUGCUGCGCGUGGAGCCUUCAACUGAUUGGCUCACGGAGGGAGGAGUGUCCUUUUCUCUGUCCACGCUCUGAUCCUCUGUUCCACCUAAUUGUACUCACAAGCCCUGGCCAGCCUCCUCAAGCCACUCCCAUCCAUGCAGCAAAUGAGUGUAAGCAGCCUCCUGAUUGGCUCAGUGCACUCCAGUGACUGUCCGACCACACCCCCCCAGGUCCUCUGUCUUUUAAAACGUGUGGGUGUGUGUGAAGGCAUGCACGGUGCUAUGGCGAGAGAAUGAACAGAAUGUUUGCUUUCUUUAUCUGUCUGGAUAGCAGUUCCAUCUUCCUCUCCUCCCCCCUGAGCAAUGCCCUUGUCCACAAGCUCUCAACAGCAUGCAGGAAGUUAAUAUAAAUAUAAAGCCCCACCCCACCCCACCCACCCAAUCAUACACACUCUGUGUAUCUUGUAUCUUAUCAGACACAUCUUGCACUUUUUCAUCGGUUGCUGUUGCAGUCAGACAUUGUGUGGGCUAUAAACAGAACGAAACUAAAUCCUCCAUCCUAAAAAUAAAUAAAUAUAUAAAUAUAUAUAUAUCCUCUCCCAGAUUGACUUUCUGUUGUCAUUCCCUCUUUUUAGCCUAGUUCCCAGAGCCAGGCCCUACAAACUACAGGUGCCUAAACACAAAUGUAUAUGUUCACCACUGAGAUUUCACCUGAACCCUAGCAGAGGUGAUGGAGAAACUCCAAGCUUGUCUGUUUGUAUUUAGUUUCCUGGAAUGAGAACAGACGAGAGAAAGUGGGAGCAAAAUUGAAUCGAGGAAGAGAAAUGCCCCCUAAAAUCAUUCCCAAGGGGACACACUCUAUACAUGCAUGACAGAACGUGAUGGACAUUGGCCUGCUUUCUUACAAAUGAGGACGCUAGCUUUAUAUUGAAGAUUCAAAUUAUUAUUUGAUAAUAUUGUCUUCUAUAACAAGAACUGGAUGUUUUCCAUUGAAAUGCUUUUCUGUCACAUGGCAAGACUCCAUUAUUGAUGAAGAAAUCAUGGUGGCAUAUAUGUGCUCGUGUGUGUGUGUGUGUGUGUGUGUGAUAUAUGGCUGUUCAGGUGGUGCUCAGGCGGUCAGAGAGGAGAGGAAAGAGAUGAACUCAUUUCCAGGCGUAUUAUGGUCCUUAUUUCACCUUCAGACGGUUCUUUUCUUUUUCACUGCCAGGGCUGCCGCUGUAGAGUCUGUAGAUUUUAAUUCUUUAACUUUUUAAUUUAAUCAAGUGGAUUAGUUCAUUCUAGCUGACCUGUGAAAUGGUCUCAGCCACAUCCAUCUCAUGAGAUUAAUUGUUCAAAUGAAUGCUCCAGGUAAUGACUUAAAGCUGCGCGUUUGUCUGUGCAUGUGUGAAUGAUGGUCCUUUCUUUUAGGAAUUAUGUUACUUUUCAAUGAGUGUCCUUCCCUCAGCUACGCACUGUUGAUGAAAGACAGACAUUUCACCUGUUCAUUGACCUACAGAGUUUUGUUUUCACCGUCUCUCUCAGAGUAGUUCUGACUUCUUUAUAGUCUGUGUGUGUGCUUGUGUGUUGAACUACAGUGAGCUGUUCUUUUAUAAAUACAUUUCCACCAGUUGCACCUAAUAUGUUCCUACUGUUUUUUUUUUCUCUUCUGUUUUUGUUUGUUGGUUUGUUUUUGAAAUGCUUUCAGUCAAAGAAUCACCUGGAAAAUUUCAGCAGGCUGAUAUCAUGAUGUUAACUGUGUUGCAAUGAGUUGUGGCAUUGAGUUGUGCAUUUUAAUAAUCGAUGGUAAAAGUAUGUAGUUGAAACACUGAGAAGACACUGAAAAAUCAGUUGGUCCUUUUAUUAUUUGGUGACUGUGGAGUCUGAAGUAAUUUAAGAAAAACCUUAAGGGAUGUUUGUAUAUUUUGUAAAAUUGUUGAUUGAUCACCUGUCCUGAACUGAGCUGUACUGUAUAAAUGCACUCUCGUCUCUCAUUCAGUUGCAUGUCGAGUAGUUUGAGUUUUGUAUAUUUAUUGUAUUAACACAAAAUAAAAUUUAAAGUACA